GGCGGGGCGCGCGGGGCGCGCGCGGCGCGGGGCUGGGCUCGCAGCGCGCGGGGCUCGGCCGCCGGGACCGCCGAGCCGGGGCCGCGCAGGGCCCGCGAGGAGCGCACGAGCCUUCGAGGUUGCGGACGAGGGAAGGAGGAGCCCCAGCUAACGCCGGCGCCAGCCCGGAGGGAGCCCGAACCCGCCGCGGGCCAUGAGCCGCCGGGCCCCAGGAGCCGGGCCGCGGUCGGGGCAGCGCUCCGCCGGCGCCCCGGCCCGCCCGGCCGCAGCUGAGCGCCUGUAGCCGCAGGGGGCUGCGAUGGGACGGGAGCCAUGAAUGGUGCCGCCCCUGGCCCGGCCGCCGCCCCAGCCCCAGCCCCGGACUGGCGGCAGUUCUGCGAGCUGCACGCGCAGGCGGCCGCCGUGGACUUCGCGCACAAGUUCUGCCGCUUCCUGCGGGACAACCCAGCCUACGACACGCCCGACGCCGGGGCCUCCUUCUCCCGCCACUUCGCCACCAACUUCCUGGACGUCUUCGGGGAGGAGGUGCGCCGCGUGCUGGUGGCCGGGCCAGCGUCGCGGGGGGCGGCUGAGCCCCCCGACGCCAUGGAGCCCGAGCCGGCGGGGGCCGCGGCGCUCAAGGCUGCCGCCUACGGCCACUCGCGGAGCUCGGAGGACGUGUCCACGCAGGCGGUGGCCAAGGCCCGCGUCCGCAAGGGCUUCUCGCUGCGCAACAUGAGCCUCUGCGUGGUGGACGGCGUGCGCGACAUGUGGCACCGGCGCGCCUCACCCGAGCCCGACGUGGGGGCCGCCCCGCGGGCCGCCGAGCCCCCCGCCGAGCCGCGGGACAAGUGGACGAGGCGUCUGCGGCUGUCGCGGACGCUGGCGGCCAAGGUGGAGCUGGUGGACAUCCAGCGUGAGGGCGCGCUGCGCUUCAUGGUGGCGGACGACGCAGCCGCGGGCUCUGGCGGCACCGCCCAGUGGCAGAAGUGCCGCCUGCUCCUGCGCAGGGCAGUGGCCGGGGAGCGCUUCCGGCUGGAGUUCUUCGUGCCACCCAAGGCCUCCAGACCCAAGGUCAGCAUCCCUCUCUCGGCCAUCAUCGAGGUCCGCACGACAAUGCCCCUGGAGAUGCCAGAGAAAGACAACACGUUUGUGCUCAAGGUCGAGAAUGGAGCCGAGUACAUCCUGGAGACCAUUGACUCGCUGCAGAAGCACUCGUGGGUAGCUGACAUCCAGGGCUGCGCGGACCCUGGGGACAGCGAGGAAGAUGCUGAGCUGUCCUGUGCCCGGGGAGGCUGCCUGGCCGGCCGAGUGGCCUCUUGCAGCUGUGAGCUGCUGACCGAUGCAGGCGACCUGCCCCGGCCCCCAGAGACAACGGCAGCCGUGGUGACCGCUCCACACAGCCGAGCUCGAGAUGGCGUUGGGGAGUCCCUGGCCCAUGUCCCGCUGGAGACCUUCCUGGAGACCUUGGAGUCCCCAGGUGGUGGGAGCAGGGACAGCAGUAAUACAGGAGAAGAGGGAGCGGAGCCAGAGCCCGAGGCUGAGCCCCAGCUGGAGCUCUCCGACUACCCCUGGUUCCACGGGACGUUGUCAAGGGUCAGGGCAGCUCAGCUGGUGCUAGCAGGGGGGCCCCGGAGCCACGGCCUCUUCGUGAUCCGCCAGAGUGAGACUCGGCCUGGGGAGUACGUGCUGACCUUCAACUUCCAGGGCAAAGCCAAGCACCUGCGCCUGUCCUUGAACAGCCACGGGCAGUGCCACGUACAGCACCUGUGGUUCCAGUCCGUUCUCGACAUGCUGCGUCACUUCCACACCCACCCGAUCCCACUGGAGUCCGGGGGCUCCGCAGAUAUCACCCUACGCAGCUACGUGCGGGCCCAGGGCCCCCCACCCGCCCCGGGGCCCUCGGCCGGCGCCGCGCCCGCGCCCCCCGCCUGCUGGAGCGAGCCGGCCGGCCAGCACUACUUCUCCAGCCUGGCCGCCGCCGCCGCCUGCCCUGCCGCCGCCGCCUGCCCUCCCGCCUCGCCCUCCGAGGCGGGCGGAGCCUCGUCCUCGUCCGCCUCGUCGUCCUCCGCCGCGUCCGUGCCGGCCGCCCCGCGCCCCGCCGAGGUCCCGCUGAGCGCGCGCAGCCGCAGCAACAGCGCCGAGCGCCUCCUGGAGGCGGCGGGCGGAGGCGCCGACGAGCCCCCGGAGGCCGCGCCGGGCGAAGGAGCUCGGGGCCGCACGCGCGCCGUCGAGAACCAGUAUUCUUUCUACUAGCCCGGCGCGGCGGCGCCAAGGCCCUGGGGCCACCCCGCCCCGCCGCCCGCCAUGCGGUCACCCCCGUGCCCGUCCGCCCGUCCGGCCGGCCCCAGCCCGGCGCUGGGUGGGAAAAGCGAAGCUCUUCAGUGAAGACAUAAAUGUUAUUAAAGAGCCUGUUUUAGGGACUGCACAAGGCUCUCCUGUCAU